GCGCGGGAAAUUCUAAUGGGUAUGCAACAAUAUUGUCAAGUUCGAGGCCAUACAAUAAUUGUCCAUUGCUUCUGGUCAAAACGGUUGAACUUGGUUAACGUUUCAGCGACUAGUUUUCCGUUUCGUUACCCAUUUUACUUUGAGAUUCGUCUCCAGGAACCACUGUUCUUAUGCACUUCUCCAUCCUUCUUUUCAGACAAUUCUGGCAAAUUGUCCGAUGCAUCUCCCGUUGGGUCAGUGAGCUCCGCUGAAAUAGCUCAAGAAUUUUCCGGCCUCACCCUCGAAGAGCAGGAAGCUCAGCGUGCAGAAUGGAGUCAGGAAUUGUCCCGAGUGGAGGAAGAGAUAACCACACUCCGCACAGUGUUGCAAUCGAAAAUGCGACACGCAAGCGAACUGAAACGCAAACUGGGCAUCACCGUGUGGAAGGAAAUCACCGAUGAUGUUAGCCAGGGUAUUAAAAACGUGAAGGAGAGCAACGUUUAUCAAACUGUUGAGACAAAAGUGGGCGAAAUUACGACUGCCGUUACGAGUGCCCCUAUGAUAGCAAAGGGUUAUCAGAAAACCGAAGAGGCCAUCAAGACAACGGCUGGCAAAACUACAUCCGUCCUCGGUGGAAUCACUAGCAAGAUGACAGCAAAAAUUUCCGAAAUGAAGCAAUCCGACUCUUUCCGAUCCUUCGAAGAGAGAGUCGGCUCAGCCUACGAAAAUGUUAGGUCAAAAGUAUCCUCGCGGUCCAGCUCAGUGCAGAGCCUGUCCGAUUUACAAAACGAUGAGCGUCGAAGCUCGGUCACAACCCCGAGCGCCAUCCCGGAGGAGAAAAUCGUUCCUUAAUAGCAUCCAUCGGUUUGUUUCCCUAUCUGGUAAGACAAAUGAUCCGUACAUAUGUGUAUGACAAAACCGCAUUGCUUCUUUUUCGUUUCCCGCCUGAAAAAUUUAUAAACCGUUCGAUAGAAAGCAACGGUCGUUAUCAUUAUAUAAGCACAUUGUUUAAAAAGCUCUAAUUGUGGUCUGUGAAGUUGAUCAAUACGACCGGCUGAUAUUUUUUCCAACUGUCUCUGAAAGACCUGCUGGAGUGGGCCAGAAAGCAACAUUGCAACGAGAUAUCUAAAUUAACAUGCAUAUUAUAAAAAUAAAAGGAAUGUUUAAAACUAGAAUUACGUCCCACGAUACAGUUGCUAAUUAAUUUCGCACCGAGUGUGUACUUCUCGCUAAAAUACUUUGAUCAUCCUCACCCAAACUCACUCCUUUUAACUCGAUAAUAAAUCAAUGGAUGUGCCUAAUCGUAGUGUUUUUCCCGUUACGUUGAACUCACUUUGAAUAGCAAAAUUAUUGCCCACUAUUUUGUUCUAUCGAUUGAUCAGGUACUUAAAGUCAGUAUUUUUCUUCUAAAUUUUCGACAAAACAUGCCAAAAUUAAACUUCUUCGUUUGCCAAUUCCCACAGGAUUUUUUCAUAGAUGAGAAGCAGAAAAAUCAAUAUUUCCACUCUAAUAGUAUAUGUCACAUUUAGUAAGACUAUACUUAUUUAAUACUAUCUAUAUUUAGAAUAAAGAAAGUACAUUCACUAUUUGGUACUAGAACUAUAGGAAAGCAGACAAGGUAAACAUGGAAUCACUUUAUACAAAUAUGGAGAAAUCUUCGCUGCAUGUGCGCAUAUAAUUGAUCUUUGAAUACAGAGAAAUGCAUCUUAAUAAUAUAUUCUAAAUCAAACAA